AUAUCGUUUUUUUUGUGUAAUUUUUUUUAACUUUAAACCGCCGCUUCUCCAAAAUUCAAAAAUCUACAAUCUUUUUCUCCCUCUCUGUCUCUCUCCGCUCAUUUCCACUGCCAGUUCGAUUUCUUAAAAUCGAUCAAGAACAGCUUUGAAAUUUCUUUGAGUAAUCUAUUAGUAUUAUAAAAUGAAUGAAUCUGAAGAGCAUUUCGGGCAAAGCCUAAGCCUCAUUGACGUUAGCUUCGAGGAUGAUUGCCUCUACAAUUCUCCUUCUCAAGACCCUCAAUUUUCAGAAUAUGGGCAUAAUACUGUGUACGCAGAUGAUCCAACAGAGCAUAAAACUGUUCUGGGUAUCCAUACCUCAGCGGAUUCUCUUCGAGGAGAUGAACAAGGAACUCAACCCUUAGAAAAAGAAAAUACGAGGAAAAAUGAGAAGUACAAUUUACGGAAAAGUUUAGCUUGGGAUACUGCUUUCUUCACGAAUGCCGGUGUUCUGGAACCGGAUGAGUUAUCUAACAUUAUUCAAGGAGCUGAGAGAAGUGAGAGGAAACCUAUGUUACCGGGAAUAGAGGAGGAUGUACACAGAUCUACCGAUUCAAUAUCCACAUUGGCUACUGAUUGUUCAACGCUUACAACUCUUGAGGAUGACCUUUUUGGAGAUAUAAGAGCUUCCAUUCAGAAAUCUUGUAAAGCAUCCAACAUUGCAGUUUCAGAGACUAAACUGGGAUCUGGAGUAGAUAAAGUUAAACUUAGCAAACCCUCAGGGAAAGUGAAGAUUCUUCCUCAAAAUAAGUUGAAGACUAAAGAUGCUCUCAAGAAGCCAAAUGUUACCGUAAAAGGGCCAGGGAAAAUGGUAAACCAAGCUCCUCCUAGUGCACAAACUUCUAAGUCUGCUUUGGGAAAUGGUGAGGCAACUUCUUCUCUUUGUAAACCACCCAAGAUAGUAGGCAGACCUAGUGCCAUUACAGCAGCGGCAGCAAAAAGAGAUUCAUUGGGAUUGGGGGCCAACCGGGUCAAAUCUGAAAAGGAUAAUGCUAAAUCUUCAAUUGCUCAUUCAGUGCCAGCGAGAGGAGGAAAAAUUCCUGCUAUUGGUGGUUCACGAAAUAUUGUGCCCAAGCCCAUGCAACCUGUUAGAUCCUCUCCACGUCCUUCUGUGGUUACUAAGAACCAGCUGACAAGUUCCUCUAUUGAUAGUCUGGAAAGCCUCUCAUCUAAUGGUAGCUGUAACAAUUCAUUGAAUAUUGUGAAAAGAAACAUUGGUCCCAGAACUUCUUCCACUGGAUCAAUUGUCAAAACCACAUUGAGAGCUGCAUCAAGAAUUAAGAAUCAACCUAUAAGUGCUCGUAAUGCACCUCAUUUGAAGUCUGUGAGUAAGCUAUCUUCGAACAUAUCACCUGCAAGCUCAUGGUCUUCAGAGUCGUUGUCACCAACUUCUACCCUUAAUAAAAUGUCAAACAGCUCAAGACCUAUCCCCAGCAGUGGUAAUCCACCCAAAGUCUUGGACUCGAAAAAACAUUCUCAUGAAAAAUUCUCAGUUGGACACGGUACCAAAGCAACUGGGUUGCCAAGCGAUUGUACGACGACAGUGUCAACAGGAAGUGGUCCACUUGUUUGUCCAGACUCUGUCAAACCUUCAGGGCUUCGGAUGCCAUCAGCAAAGAUUGGUUUCUUUGAUGGGGGAAAGUCAGCAACGCGCACUCCCAAUGGAAACAGGCAAUCUCUCCCAACCGUAUCUACUGAUUUACCUAGAUUUGAUCCAGCAAAUGUUAGCCCAAGUGGAGGGCUGAACAAAACAAAGCCUGGAAAAAUUCAACCUGCUAGAACUAUAAUAGUUAGGGGCACUAAAAUUGGUACUCAGCAAUCAACCACUGAGAUCCAACCCAUAUCUUCUUUGCCUCUUCAGGAAUCCUCCAAUGCUGCACUAAACGUUUCUACUGCUUCAAGAAAUGGAAAACACCUAUCAGGGGUUAUACCGAGUAGAAAGAGUCCUAACUUGAAGGCUGAAAAAAUUCGUAACGUUGAGAUGAAUGACAGCCUAAGUAAGGACGAAAUGAGCCCACAAAGCAAGGAUACUGCCCCUGUAAAUGAUUCAGAGCUUAUUCCCAACAAUGAAGGAUCUGGUACAACAUGUAACUCGAGUUCCAUAUCUAAGGUAGAAAACAUUAUGUUGCCGCAGCAAGUAGGCGAGGAUGCAAUAUGUGGUGAAAGGAAAGACCUGCAUUUUAUUUUUGAUGUCGAGAAGGGAAAAACUUUCAUUGAUGAUCAAGUCGAUUGUUUGGCCCAACGACUUGCAGCAUUGGAUCUUCAUCGAGAGGUCCAGCCAAAACCUAUCAAUGAAUGUCUUUCUGUUGAUCGACUUAAUGAAAGUGCAGAAGUUAAUGCUGGUACCAUACAUGAAUUUGUGAAGUCAUCAAUUCCUGACCCUUCCUCACAGCAAUUGAAGGCGUAAAAGCAGCCGUGAUUGAUAAUAGCUAGUGAUAUUGGAGGCACUUCUGUCCCCGGAACAACUUGAUAGGGUCAGUUUAUGCUACUAUAAGAACCAGAGACGCGUGCAGAAUCUGGGAUCCAAAACUUCUGUUUUAGAAAGUUCUCAGUCCAUCUAGUUUAUAUUAGAAACUCCAUGUACAUUUCGUGAUCAUCUGUCCUAUUUUGAUUUAUUCGAUA